AUGCCAAUGGCUUCUAGAUCGCAUACGAAACAGCUUGUGUUGGUCAUGAUCUGUCUGAAUCAGAUCUACGAUGGACUGGCUAUUCGUCUUCUCAACACAGAAACACAAGAAAUACAUGUCAUGGCAAACUUAUCCUUAUUUCAGCUUCGCAUCAAGCUGCUUCUCGAAAAGAAGACAUAUUCGGGUGUCCCCACAAUCAUAGUCGUUAAUAGAGAUAUUCUUGUGACGAUUCGCAAUUUGAAAUUCUUGACACAAAAUGUGCUAAAGAAUAUUUCUGGCAAAAGAUCCGAGGAUUCGACUCGUGAUAUUUCUCUCAGUGAUAGUUUACUUGAUUCUAAACAGAUCAAUGCAAGCUCUAAAACGGAGCAAUGCAAUGCAAAUUUAAUUGUCGUGAAUGAUCUCAGCUCUCAGUCCGAACAUUCGAUUGUCUCUGCUUCGCAAAUCGCUUUACAGCAGCUUCUUCGUUUCCUCGCCAUGUAUCACAAUGGCGCCUUUGCUUCUAUCUUUGGGUUGCGCCAGCUAGUAAGUGACCCACUGAAAAUAGCUAAAUUCACAGCGACUGUAACUGGUCCCGAAAAUCAACCGAUUCUAGAAUUUGAUGAUCCGGAGGAGGACUCUUUUGAACUAUACCAAAAUCUCUCCUCUGGAUGGGACACUUUAACCAAAAUCUUACUAGUGGCGAGAUCGGUUCCAUACCUCCCCGAGGGUUCAUGCCUUACCGAAGAGCUGGAAAUUGACGAACUCAAAACUGUCUACACUCGCUGGCUCGAGACAAGUAGUAUUCAAGACGAGUCGAUGUACACGCAAUUGCGCAAGUAUGGUUUAUUGAAGGAUGAUGAAAUACCAAGCAAUUCUGAAAUUGCUCCACCCGUCCCUAUUACAUUCCAAAAAUUUGUCGAAAGUUUCAAAUCUACUUAG